AUGGACUAUGAUGAGAUGGACAUCGAGCCGCAGGGCCCGCAGGUCACCGUGCGAGAAGCCGAACCCAACCGCGUCGACUUCCGACUGAGCUCGGUGGACCUCGCGUUCGCGAACUCGCUGCGGCGCGUGAUGCUGACGGAGGUGCCGACGGUGGCGAUCGACGUGGUGGAGAUCGAGAGCAACACGUCGGUGCUGCCGGACGAGUUCAUCGCGCACCGCCUGGGCCUGGUGCCGCUGCACUCGCGCAACUGCGACGUCGACAUGGUGUACGCGCGCGAGUGCGACUGCGAGGGCGGCUGCGCCCGCUGCGUCAUCUCCCUGCAGCUGCACGCCAAGUGCACCGGCGAGGGCGUCAUGGUCGUGUACGCCCGCGACCUGGUGGUCAUUGGCGACCGCGCGAACGAGUGGGUGGGUAAUCCCGUCAUCAACGAUCCCGCGGGGAAGGGGCCCAUUAUAUGUAAGUUGCGGAGGGGCCAGGAGGUCAAGAUGACGUGUGUGGUCAAGAAGGGCAUUGCGAAGGAGCAUGCGAAGUGGGCGCCGACGGCGGCUGUCGGGUUCGAGUACGAUCCGCAUAAUAAUCUGCGGCAUGUCGAUUAUUGGUAUGAGGAGGAUGCCAUCAAGGAAUGGCCCAUCUCCGCCAACGCCGAAUGGGAACACCCCGCCGCGCCGGACAUGCCGUUCGACUACGACGCCGCGCCGUCCACCUUCUACAUCGACGUCGAGGCCAUCGGCAACCUCGAGCCCGACACCAUCGUGCAGCAGGGCAUCAGCGUGCUGCAGCGCAAACUGGCCGAGAUCAUCUCCGCGCUCACGGGCGCCGGCGACGGUGGCGAGCACGGCGAGCACGGCGACCCGGGCGUCAACGGCGUCGAUGCCGACGGUGUCCGCAGCCCCGACGCCUACGAACCGCCCGAGGGCAUCGAUGCCGCGUUCGGUGCCUUCCCGCCCAAUGGCGUCGGUGCCGCCGCCGGUGGCCAGAGCGUAUGGGGCAAUCCCGGCGGCACGACCCCGUACGGAGCCACGCCGUAUGGUCAGGGCUACGGGUUCUAA